AUUUUUGACGAGAGGUUCAAAGUCAGUAGAACGAAGACAGCCAAAAUUCGAUAAACCCCCUAAGGAACAGUGAGAUGGAGAAGAAGAAAGCAAUGCAAAUCGAAGGUUAUCCAAUCGAGGGAUUGUCGAUUGGUGGGCACGAGACGUGCAUCAUAUUUCCAUCUCUUCGGAUAGCUUUCGAUAUUGGUCGCUGCCCACAUCGCGCAAUUUCUCAAGACUUCCUCUUUAUCUCUCACUCUCACAUGGAUCAUAUCGGUGGAUUACCAAUGAAGUUAGAUUCUUCAGAGCUAAAGCACAAUCUUGUUGGCUUGGACAUAGGAGAGGAGUUUAUUAUAAGGAAAGAUCUUAAAGUGAAAGCCUUUAAGACAUACCAUGUCAUCCAAAGCCAGGGUUAUGUAGUGUAUUCAACUAAACAUAAACUCAAGCAGGAAUAUAUUGGCCUAUCUGGAAAUGAAAUUAAGAAUUUGAAGGCUUCAGGUGUUGAGAUUACAGACAGCAUAACAACUCCUGAAGUCGCUUUUACGGGAGAUACAACGGCAGAUUUUGUAGUUGAUGAAAGUAAUGUUGAUGCUCUCAAGGCAAAGGUUCUCGUUAUGGAGAGCACAUUUCUUGAUGAUUCGGUAUCCAUAGAGCAUGCGAGAGAUUAUGGACAUAUCCAUUUAUCUGAGAUAGUUAAUCAUGCUGAAAAGUUUGAAAACAAAGCAAUCCUGCUAAUCCACUUUUCGGCUCGGUAUACAGUGAAGGAAAUCGAAGAUGCGGUUUCUGCAUUGCCUCCACCUUUAGAGGGACGUGUGUUUGCACUAACACAAGGAUUCUAAACAGUAAACACUCUUGUAGAUUUUACACACUUUUGUUUUUGUUGGCCAAGUUUUUGUAUUGCACAGGUAAACAUUGUAUUCUCUUGUUGAAUUUAAGAUUUCUUCUAUCUCGAGAAAUAAGAGAAAAAAUGAACUGUGGAAGUAGAG